UAAACAUUCAUGGUCACUUUCUGCCAGCAUGUCGGCCGAACAGGUUUGACAGGCUUCGGCCUCCCUCCCUCCGCGUAGUUGGUCAUUCUCGCAUUCAAGGGUUCUGUCUAUCCACAGGUGUUGAUUUAAGUUUGUACAGCAAUAUUAUUUAUCCUAACUGGUGACACCGACUAUUACCUGGGUUAGCGAAAUCAUUAGCCGAACUAGCUAGCUUGUUAGCGUACAAGUUUAACAGGAAUGCAGGCUACUGUUAGCUGCACCCGUUUACACAUCUGCUAGUCGUUUUUAUCUAGAACACAAAUUGACAAUUAUAUUUUAUUUUAAAAAUUCAUACACUAUGGUGUCUAACUCAAUGAGAGAAGUUUAUUUGACACGUUAACCCGAUCCAGCUAGCGCUGGUCCUACGAGGCGUUGCCAUCGACAACCGAAACACAGCUCCAAACAGAAUUUAAACAAGCACACGGCUACGUUUACCACCGCGACGAACACGUCCUUACCCGAGUUUGUGGGCUCGGUAACCGCCUCACUGGGAGCUGCCUGGGGGUCGCCGUUCUCCGCCUCAGCCCAUCUCUGACCCACCAACACGGAGGACGGCGCUCCAGUCCGAAGGCUUGCUAGCACUGACGAGCCUAGAUCGUCACAAAUGAAGAGCGGCGCUCAAGCGAAGAUUACAGCACUUCCACUGUUCUGAUUAGGCUGAUGUAAUCGCAGAUGCUGGCCACAGAUGUUAAGCAUAGGGCUACCAUGGAGGAAAAUGAGGACUCCCGCUCAGAGAUAAAGUCUUUACUUGCCCUGCGACCCCUGCCCAGGUUCCGCUCUCAGAGUGACGCCUCCGGCUUUGGCGCCAGGAUCCUGCUGAGGCUCAGAGGUAUCAGCUCAGUUGAUGCUUUGGAGAAAUCGUCAUCACUGGCCAGCUGCGACGUGGUGGUGGACAGCGGCGCCGAUUCCCACAAUGCACCUGCGUCACGGCAGCAGCAGCAGCGAGGCAAACUGUCCAGUCUCGGAAGACUGUUCAAACCCUGGAAGUGGAGGAAGAAGAAGACCAGCGACAGGUUCCAGGAUCUCUCAAAAGUGUUGGAGAGGAAGAUCUCAACGAGACAAACGAGAGAGGAGCUCAUCAAGAAGGGAGUGCUCAUUCCGGAACAGGACGAGCCGCUCAGCAGGGAAAAUCUGAACGGACACGCCACAUCCAGCGUAUCGCCAGAGCAGAUCAAAGUGGAGAUUGAGUCGUUGGUGACGCGACCCGCCGACCAGGCUGCUGACCCUGGGAGCAAUGAUGACAAGAAAGAGAAACGUGAUUCUAAAACCAUCACCCGGGCUGCUCAGUCACGCCCUCGGGACGCUCAAGUUAAAAAACAGCCCAGUGCCGCCACCGCCACCGUCGCCGCCACCCCGCCGCCUGCCUCCUACAAGCCUGCGGGUGGCACUGCGACCACAGCCCGGCACAGAGACGCUUCCUCUGUGGCGAAAAGGACUGUUAAACCCCCAGGGAAGCAGGGCUCUGCCACGCGGAGCGCUAAUAACGCUAGUCGUGCAAUCGCCAAAUCCUCUCAUCCAAAGAAGAUCCAAGGAGGCGGUUCAAAAGCCACCACCUCCACGGGCCCGGCUCGCUCUCGACCACCAAAGGACGCUGCAGCACAGAGCGAAAACGCAGACGCUCAGACCGGUCGGAAAGCAGAAUCUCGAGCAUCCUCCGGUUCUCAGAAAGCCUCCUCAGAGACUCCCAGUCAGCCUGAGGAACCAAACUCCUCUGAUAUCCUCUCGUCUAAAGCUUCCCUCCCUGAGGCUGACGACGCUUCUUCUUCUGCUGCUGCUGCUGCUUCUCAAGAAGACGCUCCAGAGAACCAACCUGCCUGCGGUGAUACUUCUGAAGGAAAAGAGACCCACAAAGACGCAACCCCCGAGCCCCCGGCUACCCAUUCUCCCCAUGUGAACACUGCCACAGAGGACACUUCCUUCACUGAGGCGGACGCUGACAGCAACUCCCAGGAGAAGAAGGAGGAACUAAGGAGAACGGAAGAAGACGGGCAUGAUACACGGGAGAAAAAUGGAGAGUCAGCAGAAGAGACGUGCUCCAGUCCAGUUGAGUCGGACACCGUGAAGCCACACGGCGUGAACACCGAGAACGCCGAGGUGACGGUGAUCCCUGAUAGGCCGGCGACAGAAUGCCAAACCAGCGACUCGGACUCUGACGGACCAAUCCUGUACCGUGACGACGAGGAAGAAGACGAGGAGGACGAGUACCUUAACAGUUCUCUGGCCAGCAAGAUCCGGCGACGAGACACGCUUAACAUCAAACUGGGCAACCGGCCCAGCAAGAAAGAGCUGGAGGAGAAGAACAUUUUGCCUCGGAGCUCCGAGACGGAGAGACACGAGCUCCGUCAGCAGAUCGGCUCCAAACUUGUCAGGAGCUUGAGUCAAAGACCAACCACAGAGGAACUGGAGCAGAGGAACAUCCUCAAACAGAAGAAUGAAGCCGAGGCGCACGAGGCCAAGCAGGAGCUUAAAAGGAAACUCUCCAGAAAGCUGAGUGUGCGGCCGUCGGUGGCGGAGCUCAUCGCUCGAAGGAUCCUGCGUUUCAACGAGUACGUGGAGGUCACGGACGCCAAGGACUACGACCGCAGAGCAGACAAGCCGUGGACGCGACUCACGCCUGCUGACAAGGCCGCUAUCCGCAAGGAGCUCAAUGAGUUCAAGAGCAGAGAAAUGGAGGUGCACGAAGACAGCAAACAUUUUACCAGAUUCCACCGGCCUUAAUAAGUUGGACUUCAACAAUCAAAACCUCCCAAAAAAAGUCCACCGGACCAACAGACCUGCAUUGCAGUCCACUUCUUCUCCCUGUAUAUCUUCAAGAAGAACAAAUACGGGUUUGUCUUUAAGGUCUACGCGGCCAACCUGUGGAACUUUUGCACAUAUUGUACCUAGAACUGGGAAAGCGGUGUCUCAUAAGCAAUCCUUUUAUUUAUUAUUGAAAGAAAAAAAACGCUGGCAACUUGCAAUGGAGCGCUAUUACAGGUUUGAAUGUGGCUCAGGAGUUGUAUUGCUUUUGUGAUUUCAAAAGGCGGAGAGUGGAGCGAAUGACGCUUAUUGUGAGUGCCUGUCAAAUUGAUGUACAGUAUAUAAAGCGGAUGGCCACAAGAGGGCGAUAUAUCAUAAUUAGUUUGCCAGGUUGCCUUGUAGAACAGUAACAACUUAAAAGACACAAACGUUGUCUGAAUCAGUGCAAAAAGUCAAUCCCUAAAGUGCUGAAAAGGAUUUUUAAGCUUUUAAACAUUGCAUUCAAUCAUGUUAGCUUGUGCCAAAAAGCCAAUAAUACUGGUAUAAUAUUUUGACCCCUCACUUCCCCCCUAAAAAAAAGUUGUGUUCUUCUUUUCUAGUUCCAUUUCCCACUUCCACAAACAUUCUUUGUUAAUGUAAUGUUGGCUUGUGGCCGUUAUUUCAGCACAUUUACGAUGCUUUUAUAGUAUUUCGAUAGAAAAUGUCGGCUGAUCCUGCAUUCGGUGCAAGCUAGCUAGCAAACUAGCUAGCUUGGUUGUGCUAAACUUUUAAAAAAUCGGAAUUGUGUCGACGCAAUGCUGCUUACGUCCUAAAAAAAUGCUGCUUUUAAGAUUAAGAUAUGCCUUUAUUCGCCCCUCAGUGGGGAAAUUUGUAUUUUCAUUCCUCAAACUAGAAUACAAGAAUAUAAUUCCCAUGAUGUUAAAGCUAGUUAGCUCGCUAAUAUAAAAGUGCUCUAAUUUACAACUUGUUCACACAUGCACUUUGUAUUUAUUCAAAUUGUGUGCGUUAUUUCUUAUCUGGAAAUGAAUUUGUGUUGUUUUUUUUUCCUGACAAAAAUUCCAAAAUUGAGAGAUACCGUACGUUAUUGAUGACUUUGAGUUUCAAGCUAGCUUUCCUGUUGGAUUUCUCCUUUUUUUUUUUUUUUUACCUCCUAAACUACUGAUUAAAAACGGCAAACGUAAUCAGAUCUUCCAAUUUGGGGACGACUGUACUGUAUUUUGUAAACAAGAUCUUUGGUACCACUCAAAUAAUGAGCCCAUAGCCGCACAGCUGUUGGCGUCGUAUAAAACUGUUUACAUUUGCUGCACGAAAUUAAUAUUAUUGAUUAAUAAAUAAUCUUGUCAUUUGUAUGUGAUUAAUUUAGGCAAACUCGCAUAACAAGCUAGCUAGCCUCGCCAUUCAGCUAAGGCAGAUACCACUGUGCAUUAAAUGUGAUGACGUCCGAGUCGCAAAGCUGUUAGCUUAGCAUAAAAUCCUAACCAUUUACUUAAAAGUUGAUUAAUAGAAAUGUUGUAAUUUUUUCUCUGAUUAAUCUAAACAAAGGUAAACAUCAAGAGGCUUGUUUUUCGCAAGCAAGCUAAUCUUCAGUUUUAUGCUAAGCUAACAUAGCUUGGCCUAGCAACAGUAGGCAGACGCAAAGCUGUUCGCUUAGCAUAAAACUGUAACCGUUUACUUAAAAGUUGAUUAGUCAGAGAAAAAUGACAAUAUUUCUAUUAAUCUAAACAAAGGCAAACGUCAAGAGGCUCAUUUUUCGCUAGCAAGCUAAUCUUCAGUUUUAUGCUAAGCUAACAUAGCUUGGCCUAGCAACGGUAGGCAGACGCAAAGCUGUUAGCUUAGCAUAAAAUCGUAACCAUUUACUUCAAAGUUGAUUAAUCAGAGAAAAAUUACAACAUUUCUAUUAAUCUAAACAAAGGCAAACGUCAAAUCUUCAGUUUUAUGCUAAGCUAACAUAGCUUGGCCUAGCAACGGUAGGCAGACGCAAAGCUGUUAGCUUAGCAUAAAAUCGUAACCGUUUACUUAAAAGUUGAUUAAUCAGAGAAAAAUGACAAUAUUUCUAUUCAUCUAAACAAAGGCAAACGUCAAGAGGCUCGUUUCGCUAGCAAGCUAUUCUUCAGUUUUAUGCUAAGCUAACAUAGCUUAGCCUAGCAACAGUCGGCAGACUAAGCAAUCGUCAAGGACCGUUUUUGGGGCGGAAAUAAAAGAUACUAGCUUAAAACUGACAAUCAACUCCUUAUUUGGACAUUGUGUAUUUCCUGCUGAAUGCCUUCCAGAUGUGGUGUAUGUUCAUAUAAAGGGGUUCAAUUAAUAAUAAUAAUAAUAAUAAUAAUAAUAAAGUGUGUUUGGAUGAGUCAACCUCGCAGACAUAAACCUUUACCCUCUUACGUAUCCCUAAAGUAUUUUACAAGUCCAAAGCUGAGAAGAAGUUAUCCAUUGCUGUCAGUGUAGCAGAAACAAGCGCGUAAACGUGGUUGCCGCUUCUUGCUUUGUGUGUGUUAGACAUGAAGGUAAACGUACAGGAAAACAGUAUUUACUUCAUGACGAUAUCUACCAUGUAUAUUGAUCAUUUUGUACAGAAUGUAAAUGGAUGCAUGCGCGUAUACAAAACUCGCUUUUACGCUACAAUACAAAAAGCUAUGACGUCAA